UACGCGGUGAUUAAACCAAAAAAAAAAGCAAACAUAACUUUGCAAAUAUUUUUAAAGCUGCUAAAAAACGCGUUAAACCUCAUAAUUGUUAAAUGUUUUAGUUAUAGCGUAGGUUUUAUACACACGUUAAAACGAGUACCUCUUUGAAGUUAAGCCACUGGCUAAAUUUGCCGUGUUGAAAAAAAAACAAGGAGGAGCCAAUUGAAGCGACAGCAACAAAGAAGUCGCCGCAGUCUUUAGUUGCAGCUCCCAUUUUGAGAGAAGGGCGAGGAAUACUAACACGCACGCACGCAACACACACAUACAGACUUAACAUACACACGAACUUAAGACUGCAACUGCAAUUGUAAACAUCGACAACAAGUACGGCGAGCAGAGCAAGCACAACGAGAACUCCAAAUGACGGAAUACAAGUUGGUUGUGGUCGGUGCUGGCGGUGUUGGCAAAUCAGCACUGACAAUACAAUUAAUUCAAAACCAUUUUGUUGACGAAUACGAUCCCACAAUCGAGGACUCAUAUCGCAAGCAAGUGGUUAUUGACGGUGAAACCUGCCUGCUGGACAUUUUAGAUACCGCUGGACAAGAGGAAUAUUCCGCCAUGCGUGAUCAGUAUAUGCGAACGGGCGAAGGAUUUCUCCUGGUAUUCGCUGUGAAUAGUGCCAAGUCAUUUGAGGAUAUUGGCACAUAUCGUGAGCAAAUCAAACGUGUUAAGGAUGCCGAAGAGGUGCCAAUGGUGCUUGUGGGCAAUAAAUGUGAUCUGCCCUCGUGGAAUGUGCAAAACGAACAAGCCCGAGAGGUGGCCAAACAAUAUGGCAUUCCAUACAUAGAAACGUCUGCCAAGACGCGCAUGGGUGUGGAUGAUGCAUUUUACACAUUGGUCCGUGAAAUACGCAAAGAUAAGGAUAACAAGGGACGAAAAGGUCGCAAAACGAAUAAGCCGAACCGUAGAUUUAAAUGUAAGAUGCUUUAAACAGCCUUUUACAGAUUGGUUUUUUGUAUUUUCAAUACCGCCAUUCUUAUAUAAUUAAUGCGUGUGUGAUUUGUUGUGUUCGCGUGUGUAUCUGUAUAUGUGUGUGUGUGUGUCAAAGCCUUCUUCAACAACUGCAACU